GAGCCGGGACGGUGCCGACACAUUUUCAGUUUCUAGACGAAACAGUCUGCUUAGCCAGGUUAGCAGUCAAGUUUCGAAACAAAAAAUCUGGCGAUAGCGUGUGUUGUCGUCCGUGGCGCUUUUGUGAUUCUAAUACAGUCUAUUAAACAGGUAUUUUAAGUAUGCGUUGUCUCUUUCUCUUACUGAGAAAGCGAUAUUAGAGUUACGAAAGUUCGCUAACUAGCCGGCCAGCAGCUCUCUGUUUGGUGUUAGCACAACAGUUAAUCUACGCUUCUCGCCUCCGACGUGAAAGGUGUGUAAAUAACCCCCUCUCCCCAGCAAAGAUAAAAAGCACUAUGAAGCUCUACAGUUUAAGUGUCCUGUACAAAGGCUCGACCAAGGCCAACCUGCUGAAGGCAGCAUAUGACCUGUCUUCAUUUAGUUUCUUUCAGAGGUCCAGUGUACAGGAAUUCAUGACGUUCACCACUGCCCUGAUAGUUGAGCGUUCAUCACUAGGAAGCCGUGCUUCAGUUAAAGAACAAGAAUAUCUUUGUCAUGUGUACGUCCGGAACGACAACCUCAGCGGAGUAGUGAUUGCAGACAGUGAAUACCCCUCCAGAGUGUGCUUCACUUUGCUUGAUAAGGUGUUGGAUGAAUUCUCCCGGCAGGUAAACAGCAUAGACUGGCCCUCUGGUUCACCAGCCACUGUUCAGUACACAGCCUUGGACAGCUAUCUGGCCAAGUAUCAGAACCCACGUGAAGCAGAUGCCAUGACCAAAGUACAGGCUGAACUGGAUGAAACCAAAAUUAUUCUGCACAACACAAUGGAGUCUCUUUUGGAACGAGGUGAAAAACUGGAUGAUUUGGUGCAGAAGUCAGAGCAUCUGGGAAAUCAGUCAAAAGCCUUUUACAAAACGGCACGGAAGCAGAACUCUUGCUGUGAGGUGAUGUGAUGAUCACAUUAUGACAGACUGGGUUAUUACAAAGUCUCCUGGGCCACCCUUUGUCCUUUAUCUAUAUAUGUCUCAUUUCUUUCUCUUCCUCUCUUUCUCCUGGCCUAAGCUGGGAUACAGAGCAGAGUCCUUCCAGAGAUCCCAGGCGGGCUAUAUUGAGUGCUGAGGAUGAAAAUCACUGACUUAGAUUUUUUUUUUUGUUUUUGCUUUUUCCCCCCGAAUGGCUAAAGGGGGCUGAUUUCUCAGACUCCACCACACUUACUUCAUUCUCUGUUCUUCAUUGUUUCACUGAAUUGUCUAACCUAGGUGGUCUCCUCAGGGUCUGACUUAAAUUGGUUUGGGACAGAAAACAGACAGCGCAAAAUAGGGGGUCAAUUCGUACUGCCCCACUGUGCCUUACUUUUAGGUGGCUGUAUAUUAAUCUUGGGUGCAUUCAGUUAGACUGUUUAUUUAGCCUUAAGAAGUGUGGACAUUUCAAGCAAGAUUUUAAUUGUUCAGCUUUUUGGAUGGAAGCCUUUGUAAAGCAUAGUGAAAAGGCAGGAUAAAGUUUUUUUUUUUAUUAUCAAGUUUCAACAUGCUGUCUUGUUGGAUUAGGUUAACUGCUGGGGAUACAAGCAGAGUUGACCAAAAUAUCUUAAAGCUGAAGGUAUUAAUGAUGACCAGGUCUGAAGUAUGUAUAAAAUCUUUUGGAAAUGUGAAAUAAACAUUAAAGAGAACGUGGAUUUGUGCUGUUCUCUUCUGUUGUAUUUGUAAAUUGUAACCCAUAAAUUAAAAACUGGUUUGCUGUGCUGUGAACGUUCCUAGUUUAUCUUGGCACUUAUCAAGUUUUAAAUACAGAAGUUGGUGGUGAUUAUGCUUAGAUUGGGGUGUGGUUUGCUAAAGCCUUAAAGUGUGGUAUGCUGUGAAAUCAGCCCUGCUUCCCUCGAGUGGAAUUUGCUAAUUAUAUGAUGUCCAGUACAGGCCAGGCCACUGUAGUAGCUGGACCUGUAAAAUGCUGGGCUUUACUUUUUGACCAUGCCUGCCAAAAUACAUUGCACUCUUUGAGCAGUGAAUGGACUGGAAUCACAUUGGACACCAAGUCUUGGUCGUCUUUUUUUUUUUUUUGGCAGACUUGGCAGAUAGUGCUCUACAUGCAAGGUGAUUAUCUGCUUAAAUUUUUCAGAUGCAUUUAAUUUGGAGCAUCCUGAGAACUGACUGUUCUGAGAGAACAGUGUGUGCUCCUAAACUGAAGUCUUAUUUGUUCAUUUCUCAUGCAGAAACGAUCAAGGCUCUUGACUUUCCAGCAUUUAGUGCAGACACCCUUCUUAAAUGACACUUCUUUUAAAUGUUGGGGUUUAUUUUGUGAGUAUGCUUGUGAUUCCUUGGCAUAAAAGAAGUGACUGUUUUAGUGAUCUGAUGGUGUUAUUUUAUGCAGAAUUACUGCUUGAUUUAUGUGGCUUCUGUGUGUCCCUACACAUCGUAAGGGUUAUAUUGUAUAAAUGAUGGUGUAUUGCCUUGUCAACAAUGACAAGGUGCUCUGGAGGACCUUUUUGAGGUGCCUUUCUUGUAAUUGCCAAAUCCUCGCUAGCUCAUUCAAUCUCAACUUGCCAUAAUGGCAAAGUGCUACAUGUAGUUGUGUAUAAAACUUUGCAAAGUAUACUCCUCUUACAUGUUCAUUAAUUGUAUUUAUAUGCAACAUGUUGGUUAAUAUUUGGCAUUAAAUAUACUGUAAUGUCUCUCAUGGAGUUCAACGCAGAACUAAUCAGCUUUGUACUCUGUAGUUUUUAAUCUUACUCUUGUCUUGAUGUACUCAAUGUGUGAUUAACACUGCUGUUGUAUUUAGUGGGAAGUUAUUUGCAAUCUGUAAAAACUAAACAUUACUUUGCUGAA